AACCCUCAUGUAAGGAUAUUGGAGCACGGAAUUAUUUCAAUUGGCCACUGUGACUGAGCUAUUAAAAGGCCAACGUUUCACACUGACUUUUGGCCCACCCUGUACCAUUACUGAAUUUAUCUGUGUAUAUUGUUUCUAUUUUAUAAAAAUCUCCAAGAGAUUUGUUUGAUUCAACACGGACAAACUUAUUUUCAGUUUUAGAAAUGGAUCUUCAUGUUAGGAAUUUAUUCUUAAAAUAUAUUUUUUGAAUAUUUACUGUGUUAUAGAUUUAUUAAUUCUUUUUGUCUAUGAUUCUGUUUGAUAAUAAUAAACUUCUUGCAGAAUUAAUAUAUUAUUUAACCCCAGGAAAAAUGGCUGAGAAAGGUCUCUCAAGUGAUGAAUCGGACGAAGGGGAAGAUAAGAUAACUGUAGUGAGGGAAACAACUACAAGACCAGACAUAGUUCCUCCUAAAGAUGAACUUGAAUACCAGUUACAGGCUGAACUCAGAGAAAAAGAAAAAAUUGCAGCAGGACAUUACUACACAGAUCCCAAUGAUGGUACAUGUUAUGAAUGGGAUGAGAGUCAGAGGGCCUGGUUUCCACGUAUCACAGAAGACUUUUUGGCAGCAUAUCAAAUGAGUUAUGGUGUGACCCAAGACAACCAGUCCUCAAGUCCUGACAAGGACACCAAAUCUGUGGAGUCAACUGAUGUCAAGGAAUCUUUACCUAUUUCUGAACAGAAAGAGGACACUGUUCAAGUUGAUCAAAAUGAAGAAAGUGACUGUUCAAAAACUGUUGAAGAAAAAUCUGUGCCAAAGAAACAGAAAAAGGAACCUGAAUGGUUUCAAAUGGAUGCAGAUAAGAACACAUGGAUUUAUGUGUCUGGACUUCCUCUGUCGAUGAACUCUGAUGAAUUUCUUGCAUUAGUUGGAAAGUAUGGUUUAGUUAUGGAGGACCCAGACACCGAGAAGAAAAGAUUCAAAAUGUAUACCGACGACGAAGGAAACUUUAAAGGUGAUGCAAAGUGCUGUUACUAUAGGAAAGAGUCAAUACCACUGGCAAUUCAAAUGUUAAACGGGACUAAGCUUCCGGGAUCAACUCAUAAAGUAAAAGUUGAACAGGCGAAUUUCGUUUUGAAAGGUGAAUUCAACCCUAAAUUAAAACCAAAGAAGAAAAACAAUAAGAAUAAGAAAAAGCGUAAGAAACAAGAUAAUAUGUUAGAUUGGAGGGAUAGGGCUGGUGGUAAUGAUCUACGACCGAAACACGCCAAAAUUGUUAUCAUGAAACACUGUUUCGAUCCUAAAGAGUUUCUCGAAGAUGCUUGUAUGAUCACUGAAAUUCGAGAUGACAUAAAACAAGAAUGUGAGAAGCUUGGACCAGUGAAAAAGGUUUUACUGUUUGAUCGACAUCCUGAUGGUGUAGUCUCAGUUAAAUUUGAUACUCACGAAGCUGCUGAGGAUGCAGUCAAAGGUUUUGACAAAAGGUGGUUUGGUGGCCAGCAAAUACAAGCUCACCAGUGGGAUGGUGUGACCGAUUAUGCGAUAGAAGAAACGGCUAAAGACCGUGAAGUUAGGUUAGCCAGCUGGCACAAGUUCAUUGGAGAUGGGGAAGUGGAUGAGACUGCCCCUGCUACUCCCUCAAACAAACCUUCAGAACAAUUAUCAGUAAAUACUGAAGAUCAUAAUAUUACAGCAUAGUGAUCCUGUAUAAUUCAAAUUCUUCUCAAUUUAACCGUUGUGACCAUGCUGUGCCAAGGAAAACUAUAUCGUUGUUCUGAAAUUUGAACUUCAAAUUCUGGUUAUUGUACAAUAAUGGCUAUGUGGUGCAGUUCUGUACCUGGAUUUUUGAGUAUUUUAUAGCAUGUCACGUCAGCACUAUUUUGUGAACAUUUCUAAGGGAUGUCAUAACCAUAUUAGACAGUCAUUUUCCGUCUUCAUUAUUUGGAGUUCAUCCAAUGAUGUUCGCUGUUUUUAUAAGACCUAUUUUAACUAUCUAAAUUGUGAUAUUGUAUGAAAAUAUUUCGUUAUUUGACCAA